CUUCUUUUUCCUUGCUUCUUAUAGUUUCUAUCCCUCUCGGUUACUUAUUCGUGAUGAAAUUGGUUAAAAAAGAAAAAUACAAAUUUCAAAUGCAACAAAGAAAAUGUUAAUACUCAAGCUUUAAUCACAGAAAUGUAAUCAUAUGUAUUAGAAAUUGAUAGUAAUAAUAUGCACAGAAGGAUCUUCACCAAUCUUAAAGUUACGAAGUUGAUUUACGUAGUAGCGUGACAUGUGUUUUGUGGUUCCGAGGUUGAGGCGGAUUGCGAAUAGUGACAAACAGAAAACGUUUUUAAAAUUUGUGUGGCGGUGCACAUAGAUAUUUCAUCGUUUACUCAAACAUAUAAUAUUAUUCAUUUCGAAGAGGAAAUAAAGGUUAUCCAAUUUCGUUUUCAUCCUUACAAGACGGUGAAAAUUUCUUAAAUGGCCGGUGCAAUGUUAUUCGAGCGUGCACAAGCAGUCUCAAUGACGAAUCGUAGCGAAGGUAUUUCGCUUUUAAAUGAAAUCGUUUCCGAUCCAAGUAUCGGUAUCACGGAGGAUGAUGAAGAUAACAUUCGCGUCAAGGAACAAGGUAUUUUACAUCUUGGUGAACUCUACAAGAAAGAAGGCAAGGCGAAAGAGUUGGCAGAAUUGAUUAAGGCUACCAGACCAUUUCUUAGCUUGAUUAGCAAAGCAAAAGCUGCCAAGCUUGUGCGAUCAUUAGUAGAUUUUUUCUUGGAUUUAGAAGCUGGCAUUGGAAUCGAGGUCCAAUUAUGCAAAGAAUGUAUAGAAUGGGCAAAAGAAGAACGUAGAACAUUUUUAAGGCAAUCAUUAGAAGCACGUUUAAUAGCAUUAUAUUUUGAUACCGGUAUGUACAGUGAAGCAUUACAAUUAGGAUCAGCUUUACUUAAAGAGCUUAAAAAGCUGGAUGACAAACAACUCUUGGUUGAGGUACAAUUAUUGGAAAGUAAAACUUACCAUGCAUUAAGUAAUUUAGCAAAAGCAAGAGCAGCUCUUACCAGUGCUAGAACAACUGCUAAUGCAAUUUAUUGUCCACCUAAAAUGCAAGCUGCUUUAGAUUUGCAAUCAGGGAUUUUACAUGCUGCAGAUGAACGAGAUUUCAAAACUGCAUAUUCCUAUUUUUAUGAAGCAUUUGAAGGAUAUGACAGUGUAGAAAGCCCAAAGGCUUUAACAGCUUUGAAGUAUAUGUUGCUUUCAAAAAUUAUGUUACGUACACCCGAAGAUGUUCAAUCAAUUAUGUCAGGAAAAUUAACUGUUAAAUAUGCAGGAAGGGAUUUGGAUGCAAUGCGAGCGGUUGCAGAAGCAAGUCAUCGUCGGUCAUUAGCUGAUUUUCAAACAGCUGUAGAAAAAUAUCGCUUAGAAUUAGAAGACGAUGUAAUUGUACGUGCUCAUCUUGGCUCCCUUUAUGAUGCAAUGCUUGAACAGAAUUUAUGUCGUCUAGUCGAACCUUAUUCCCGUGUACAGGUUAGUCAUAUCGCGACCUGUAUAUCACUGCCACUUACUCAAGUGGAGAAGAAACUCUCACAAAUGAUAUUGGAUAAGAAGCUAAGAGGUGUUCUCGAUCAGGGUGAAGGUGUUUUAAUUGUGUUUGAAGAUACUCCACGUGAUAAAACUUACGAAAUUGCAUUAGAUACUAUACACAGCAUGGGAAAGGUCGUCGAUACACUUUACCAAAAAGCAAAGAAACUCACUUAGCCUUAUUUAAUAUAUGUUUCUAAAUAACAAAGUUUAUUG